AUGCGCUGCUCCGCCAGCGGCAGCUUCGUCCCGUGCGUCCUACGGGCCAAGUUCUCUGCCUCCCAGUUCUGGGACGACUGUCGCCAGUACAACGUCUCCGUCAUCCAGUACGUGGGGGAGCUGCUGCGUUACCUCUGCAACACGCCCCGGCGCGACAACGACCGGGAGCACGGGGUGCGCAUGGCACUGGGCAACGGCCUGCGGGCGGAGGUGUGGAAGGAAUUCCUCCAGCGCUUCGGGCCCGUCUCCAUCUGGGAGUUCUACGGGGCCACAGAGGGCAACGCCGGCUUCAUCAACUACACCGGCAAGAUCGGGGCCGUGGGCAGAGCCAACAUGUUCCUCAAGACUUUCGCUCCCUUUGAGCUGAUCAAGUACGACGUGGAGAAGGACGAACCUGUACGUGAUGAGCGUGGUCUCUGCAUCCGGGUCGGCCCCGGCGAGACGGGGCUUCUGGUCAUCAAAAUCACCAAGAACACCCCUUUCGAUGGCUACGCGGGCGAUUCCCAGAAGACAGAGAAAAAGGUCUUGAGGGACGUCUUGGUCAAAAGUGACGCCUUCUUCAACAGCGGCGACCUCCUCAUGAUUGACCACGAAAGAUUCGUCUACUUCCAGGACCGAGUGGGAGACACUUUCCGUUGGAAAGGCGAGAACGUAGCCACGACAGAGGUGGAGGCCACUCUUGCCAUGGUCAACUUCAUCCAGGAGGUCAAUGUCUACGGAGUGUCCGUGCCAGGUGAGUACCGGGGCUCAGGGGAGGGCGAGUCGGACCGAAAUAAGAAUCUGAUGAUAUUUCAGCCAUGUGACGUGUCCCCAAACGCUCCGAGUGGCCACCAAGAAGCCUAAAGUAGAAUGGAAGGGCCCUACAAUGAUCAUCUAGUCCAACUGUCUGAGCACUUCAGGACCCAGAAUCGAGUCCGGUGUUUUGGGCUCGUUGUUACCGCCACAAGGGUCCAAAGAGCCACCAAGACCGACACAGGACUGGGUUGCCCAAAAGAAACAUCUGGAGUUGUUUGGGGCAAGUAACACGUCCACGUAAUGAACCACUGGGGUGGCUAAAGUAGGACUUACUGACCCAAAAUAAGUUUCUGGCAUGGCUUCGGCACACAAUGGGCUCCUGAGAAGGGCUGAGUGGCCACCAGGAAGGUCAGUGGAGGACUUGCCUGCCCAAACCAAGUGCCCAACAUUGUUUCGGGCUUGCAGCAUGGUCCAGGUAGUCACCAAGAAAAGUAAAGUGGGACUCAGUUGCCCCAAAGAAACAUCUGGUGGUGUUUUGGGCAACUGACAUGUCUCCACCGUGGUCCAAGUGGCCACCAGGAAGAGUAAAAGGUGACUCAGAAGAGUCAGUUCCUGUUCUGGGCACACAACGUGCCACCGUAAUGGUCCAAG